UGCAUGCACACUCCAGUCAGGUGCGGGACAUGCACUCCAUCGGGUGAAUCGUCACGCGACCUCCUUUAUUCUUUUGUUUGUGACAUUUUCGUUUGGCGAGUGCACCCCUUUUUCCAUACUAUGCGCUACAAAGAAUUCGCGUUCGACCGGUGCGGUUCAGGUGCGAAUUAGAAUUGGCGAACAAUAAUGCGAUCGACAACCUUUGCGAAGGAUAGCAGUAGCAAAAAACUCCUGACCCCGGCCGCGAGCGGGGAGCAAUUUGACCUGGAAGAUUACAUUUACGAGAUGCAGCGUCGGAACGAGGAAAUCAGCGCGGCCGCCGCCGAGGGUGCCAAUGACGACGUCUACUCGCAGCUGGCCCAAAAGGAAAAGGACCUCAUCUUGGCCGCCGAACUGGGAAAGGCCCUGCUCGAGCGAAACCAGGAGCUCACCAGGCAACACGAGAAGAUGACCGAGGACUUCUCACGACAGCUUGAAGCUUUGGAGCAGGAAAAACACUCUCUUCGGCGGCAGUUGACCAAUUUGGAGUCGGAGAGCGAAACCAAGAUCAUGGAACUCUCGGCCGACGUCAAAGACCUGAAGGGCCAAGUGGCGAGGAGGGAAGAGGCCCUCAAACAGGCCGAGUCUGCCAAAACCAAACUCAUCACCGAACUGACUGAACAAAACCAGAGACUCACCGCUCAACUGAAAGAGUCUCGGAAACGGGAAGAGCGAUUGUCGUCUCAGCUUACGGCGGCUCGUGAGCAGUUUUCUUUGCGCAAAACCAGCCUGCAGGAUCACGAGAGUCACGCCGAGAUUCUGCGGGAGGAGCUUGACCUAAUGAGUGAAAAGUGCGACGAGCUGGAACGCCAGGUUGCCGACCUGCAGGAGGAGCGCGUCUCCCUGCAGUCGUCGCUGGACGAAGCCAACGAGCGAGCGCACUUGCUGCAGAAACGCUUUCGAGACCACGAGCACCAGCUCCGUCACGCUCAGAGGGACAGCUCGGACCUUCGCAGCACGCCGCGCAUCCGAGGCUCGCUGUCACCCGCGUCGGCAGGUCAGAGGUCGCUGCUCAGCGAGAUGGAGACCUCCAGCGACGAUGACUUGCCACCCAAUCUCUCUCCUCCUUUGACCGUUCUCGAGCUCCAAAGAGAGGCCCUCUCUGCCUGGCGAGCCCUUCGUGGACUGUGCAGGGAGUUGAGAAAAGGAGAAAAAGAACCGAGCAGCGGCGCACAGAGCAGCAUAGAGCACUUGAGCACCAGCAGCUCUGGCUGCAGUUCCUCCUCCGAAGGCGAGGAGGACUGUGAUAUGAUAGAGGACGAGGGUCUUGGUUCCCUCAAGGCUGGAAGAUUGUCUCGUGUGGUGUCAAAAUUGUGCCGCCUGGUGCGCGAGGGAGGAGUGGUUUCUGGUCCUGAGCUUUUGAGUCUGCAAGCCGAGCUUCACCGAGCCAAGGAGUCGUUGGCCGAGGCGGGUAGAAUGCUUGAAGAAAGGGCCGCGCAGUUGAGGAGAAACACGCAGGAAACGAUGCAGCUCCAGAGCAAAUUAGGAGUUUGUGAGGCCCAACUGUCGGCUACGAUUGAGGAGCGCGACCUGGCCAGGUCUGAUGUGAAUUCGUCAGGUGAAGAGGCGCUGAAUCAAGCAAGAGCUUUGAGGGACACGGCCCUGGCAGCGAGAAAUUCAGUCCAGGUCGAGCUGGCUCGUACCAGAAUCGACGUCCUUCAGGUCAACAGCCAGUUGAUGGAGGCCGUGCAGCAAAAAAUCGAGUUGUCACAGCAACUCGAACAGUGGCAGAUGGAUAUGCAACUCUUACUGGACGACCAGAUGAGGCAGAAACUAACUGAGCAGGAGAAGCUGCGAAGGAGUGGUAACGAGAAUGGCGACGGUGACAUGACCCCGGAGCGACCGCCUAGAAAAUCAACUUCGCGUCUUUUGUCUCUCUUCUCGCGGUAGAGAAGUUGAAAGGAUAUUUUCGUGGUGUCUAGGCAGGGUACCAAAAGUCUAUUAAUUGUACACCAUCAAAGUAAGAGUAACCUCGUGCUUUGUAACAUUGAAAUCCACGAUUGGCUUGAGCUGUGCGGAGCAAGUUUUCGUUUGUUCGUGUCUGAAAUUUCGUGUUUCAAAAUCAAAAUGCUUAUGAAAGUCAAAAACCCCGUGAAAUUAAUUGAGUAAAACUUGCUGCCGAGGCCGGUGUUUCAAGUGAGAGUCAUGAAUUUUAGUAUUACAAUGGCAGGCCUUUGAAUUUGUGAUAAUACGGUAUUCUGAUAAGGAACGACUCACUGAAAGAAUUUUAAUUCAAUUGUUAACAAUUAAGUUUUACCUCAUCAGAGGCAAAUUGUACUAUAAUUUAUUUUAAGAUGUAACAAAAGUACUUAAAAACGCAAAAAUAGUCUCGAUUUUCGUCUAUUGGUAGCUUCAGAAGAGACCAAGUAAAUUUGUUCUAACAUCAAAGUAGUGGAACUUCGUUAAUUCGAAUAUUUAUAUACGUUGAUGUAAUCGCUAUUUAACAAACCAUAAUAAAAACUUUUACACAAACCAAAAUUCGCUUUUCUGCGCAAUUGAAACCCGAUCGAUGCUUUUCUUUAAUAUUAAUUUAUUAAUUUUCUUUCUUUCUCAUAUCUCAUUACCAUAACCAGUUUCAGUUAUACAAAAAUCGUGGAAAAUCAUACAUGAAUUGCAUAUCGAGUUGUUUGAUCAAUCACUGCGGUGGGAUCACUUCUUCUUGCCCAUUGCCUUCUGAGUCUGGUCUGUCUUGGCCUUGGCGGCCGCUUCCUUUUCCUUCACCUCCAUUUCUCGCCGCCUUGCUGCAUCUUCUCUCUGU